AUGAAUAUAAAUAGUGGAAUGGGAGGAAUGGGUGGAAUGGGUGGAAUGCCAACACCUCCACCUGGCUGGCAGAUAUCAAUGGAUAAUAUGGGUCGUUUGUUCUAUUUCAAUCCGAUGACACAGCAGCAGUCGUGGGUACCUCCACCAGGUUCAGGUCCGGCAGGAUCGAUGCCAAUUGGUGGCAUGGGUGCAACUACUUCGACUACAGGUUCUGGCGGUGGUAUGUCACAAUCACCGAAACCAUUCAACGUAUCGAGCCUUGCCAGUUCAAAGUCGUCACUAUCCUCAUCGAGUUUACCCGAGGGCUGGGAGGAAGCCACCGACAAUCAAGGUCGUGUUUACUAUAUAGACCACAUCAACAAAAAGACAAGUUGGAUUCAUCCAAACUUCUCACAACAGCUACAUCAACAACAGCAACAACAACAACCAAUCUCAAUUCCACAGCAACAACAUCAUCACCAACAACCAAUAGCUUCUUCACCACCUGCUUCUUCCGACUACCCAUCCAUACAACCAAAGAAACAGAAUGAUACUUUCUAUCCUUCAAUGGCUGAAUAUGGUUAUAAUAUUCCAUCUUCCUCAUUACCAGGAACAUUGGCACAACAACAACAACCAAAACAACCAGUUAGAGCACCAGAGCCACAGAGACAGAGAACUUCUUCUGCUCCACAAGUUCCACUUCCAACGAUAGUUAGACAACCAAUUCCAAAGUCAACUACGAUUCUCUCACAAACAGCACCACUCUGGGAUCUAGAGAAGACAAUACCUGCUUGUGCAAAUUGUUAUUUACCAUUCACUGUUAUUAGAAGAAGACAUCAUUGUAGAUGUUGUCAAAGAGAGUUUUGUGAUGCAUGCAGUCAAAAGAGAAUUGCAAUACCACAAUUCAAUCAUUUGGAUCCUGUCAGAGUUUGUAUAUAUUGUUUCAUUCACACAACUGAUCAUGAUAAGACAUGUAUUUCACGUUUGGUUCCAUAUUUCUUGGAUUUCCACAGAGAUCUGAACCACCAAUAUCAAGCACUAGUUGAAAUCUAUGAUUUCUUAUUGAGCAACCAGAACAAUGCUGAAAAGAUUGAUUGUGCAUUGGUAGGUGGAUUGAAACCAUUCUUGGAAUAUAUCUCUAGAAUGACAAAAGAGAAUCACAAGAGUGAUACUCUAACCAUUGCUUGUCAAAUAUUAUCAUUAUUAUCAAAAUAUGAAAAGUUAUUGAAAACUAUUCAGGAACCAGAAUAUAUUGCUACUCUAUUUGAUUUGAUGUCAUGUACAGAUAUUCCAUCGAUUAAAUUGGAUUGUGCCAGACUAUUGAAGAACAUUGUGUCCAAUGUCGACAAGAAUGCCAAUAGUGCUGCCAAUCAGGGUGGUUCGUCGGCUGCCUCCUCGGUUCCACCUUCACCGGCGACACCGGCUACACCAGCAUCGACAGCGGCAUCGCCAGCCACCACACCCGCUCUCGAGACUCUGAAGCUCUCAAACAUUGUAACGAAAUCACAUAUCGUACAGAUUGUUUCAUUGCUCGAGACACCCAUCUCCAAGGAGGAAUUCCAAUUGGAGCUUCUCAAGAUUUUGCGUAUCUUGGCACACGACGAAGAAUCACUCACAAACAUCUCGCAAUCCAAUGCAAUCGAAGCGGUCACACCAUUGCUUUCAUCAACCAGACCCGACAUACUCAAGAGUGUCCUCAAGAUUCUCACCAGACUAUCGAUUCUCGAUAAGAAGAACGCUGAGAAACUCUAUUCAGUGGGUGGUGUCAUCUUCCUCUUGGAGAUUGUUACCAAACAAAUCGUUCAAUUAAAUAAUAUCUUGAUAAGAUUGUUAUACUCAUUAAGUAAAACAAAAUUAUGUGCAAAUGCAAUUGCAUCAUCAGAGGCAGGUGUUGGAGCAAUUCUAUUCUUGUACUCCAACUCCACUGGAAAUGCAGCAUUACAAGAACCAAUUCUAUUGCUUUUAGAUCAAAUCUUGGAGUAUAAUCCAGUGAAACAAUUGCAUGUUCUAAUUUCAUCGAAUGAUGCCUUCAUCAAGACUUUGCUUCAAUCAUUUAGAAAUCCAACUCUUGAACCAUUGGCACUUUCAAUCUUUAACCAACUUUGUUUAACAGAUCAAAGUAAAGAAUCAUUAAGAACACACGGUUUAAUUGAACCAAUUCUAUCAAUGAUGUGCGAUAAAAGUAAAAAUAUUGUACUUCCACUUGAAAUUUUAUCAAGAAUUGCUUUAAAUAAUGAAAAAGCAUGUUAUAAUAUAUUUGAAGUUGGAGGUAUCUCUGUUUUGAUUGAUAUCAUGACAACUCCACCACCACAAGUUCCAAAGAAAGAGGUACCAGUUGUUAAUGGUGCUCUUUCGCCACUAAGUCAAAUACCAUACAGUGAUUUGGAGGAAAUGGCAGAAUCAACCUAUAAUGCUGAUCUCAAACGUCAUGAACUCUUUAAGAAGGUACAGUACAACACUGUAAAGUUGGUCGGUAACCUAUCGCACUCAAAGAACAUCGUACAGGAGUUUGUUCACUUUGAAGAUGGUGCCGGUGUGAAAGCGUUGGUCGCUCUUCUCAAUCCAUCGGUUGACGAGUCUGUCAAGCAAGUUGCUUCGGAGGCACUGAGCAAUCUCUGUGAGAACGAAGCUUGCUCCAUCUUGGUGUUGAGUGAGGGUGGACUUACCUACUCGAUGGCAUUGCUCUCCUCGUCAAACACCUUGAUCAAGACCAAUGCACUUCGUCUUCUUCAACGACUCGCUUCUCACUCGCCAGAGAUCAAGUUUGUCAUUUCCGAGGGUGCUUCCAUUCGUCAGAUUGUAGAGAUGCUCUCUAACCAGUCGCCAGACGUUAAGAAAUGUGCAAUCUUCUCGUUGGCCGAGUUGUGUAAGGAUAACGAAUCGAAUCGUGAACAAGCAUUCAAGUUUGGAUGUCUUGGUGUUCUUGUCCAGGCAUUCAAUAGCUAUGUCAACGAUCCCAAGACACUGGUUUGUCUAUUGGAGAUUGUUUCUGGUUUCGCAGGUCAGUCUGACCAAUACCGUAGUGUUCUCCUCGGUACCAACAUCGUGCAAUGCAUCAUCGAAUACCUCUUCCAGAGUAUGAGUGCACAAGACGACAACUUUGUCAUUCAAUCUCAAGUGUUUUCAGUGUUGAUUCUCUCACAGAUGAUCAGAGAGAACAUGGGAGACCAAAUUAGAAAGAUUAUCGAUUCCGGUAUCAUCUUGUCAUUGGUUCCAUUGUUGGCAGUGAAGAACUCCUAUCUCCAGGAAUACACUCUCACAGUUUUGAAUACCAUUUCUCGUUCCAGUUCUUCAGAUUUGAGAGAAUCUUUGAUGUCAAGUGGACCUAUCCUUGCCAGUCUAUCGGAGCUCCUCACCUCAAAGAACGAAUCGAUUCUCUUGAACUCACUCUCCAUUCUUCUGGAGUUGUCAAAGAGUCCGGAAUGCGGUGGAUAUCUUUUGUCUACCAAUGCUAUCAGUCAAAUCUCAGAGUUGAUCAUCAGUCCCAGCACUCCUCAGCCAGUGAAGAGCUUGGCAAUCCACUUGAUCUCUUCACUCUUCUCUAGUAACUCUAACAACGCCAAUAUCUGGGAGAUCUUUACAAAUAAAGCUGGAAUUCCAGGUCUUGUUGCUCUGCUCUCCUCUACCAAUAUCGUUGCACAAGUCACUAGUGCCAAUGCUUUAUCGGCGAUUGUCGUCGACGGACCAGGUCGAGCACGUGUUGUCGAGUCUGGCGGUCUACCAGCUUUGGUCAACGCUCUCUCCUCAUCCAAUGUCAAUGUUGCAUGUGCCGUUUUGGUCACCAUUCUUGGUCUCUCACUUGAGGAUGAGUUGUGUGAACUCAUUGUCAAUCUAGGUGCAUUGAAUCCACUGCUCAACAUCCUUUCGAAUCCAGAGUUCAUGUCGAACAACAUCAACAUCGACGCCAAGCUCUACUCGUGUGAAACCAUCUUUAACUUGGCAUCCAAUCAACAGUGUCGUGCAUUGAUUUGCGAUACCAAGUUAAUCUCACAACUCUUGGAUCUCCUAUUCAUUGGCAAUGAGCAAUACAAGGUAGUUGCUUGCAAGACACUGGCUGUACUUGCUGCCGAUCCAAACACCGCCAAGAUGGUAUGCGAACAAGGUGGAAUAAUGGGUCUCGUUCCACUGCUCUCCAGUCCAUCCAGUGAUGAAAACACAAUUAUGUCUGCCGCAAUUGCACUCACCAAUCUCGGUAGAUUCAACAAUAUGGCAAAGAAUCAUAUCAUCACCUCGAUCAACGACCAAGGUGUAACUGGAUUGGACAUCAUCAUUUCGAUUCUCUCCAUCAAGGAAGGCGUUAAAUCAAGUCAAAAGAUCAAGCUACAACUUCUCGAUCUCCUCACUCUUUGCUCGGAUGAUGCUUCUUUUGCCACUGUGCUCGAGACACUUCCAAAUGCCAUUCCAAACCUGUUGUCGCUUCUCUCCGCUUCACUCUCACAGCUCCCGACUGCCAACACCUCGUUGCCAACCACUGAAGCAUCGCCAAAGAAGGAAUUGGCUCCAGAUACCAAUCAAUUGAUGAUCGUAUUCAAGACACUCUCGAUUGUGAUUACAGUCUCUAACAAUCCAAAGAUUAGAAACCAACUAGUCGAACACAAUUGUCUCAAGUCAGUAUCGAUGUUGCUCUCGCCACCACCAGAGCAAUUGGUAUCACUCGACUCACUCUCGAGCUCCAUCUCACUCCUUGAUAUGCCAACUAAAGAACCAGAGCCACAACAACGUGUUAAUUUAGACUCAAUCGAAGAGAAAGAAGAAGUCAACAAGCAAUGUCUUAAUCUCGUAUACACAUUCUCUUUCUCAGAGAGCGGUAAGACACAGGUUAGAAACUCCAAACUACUUCCAAUCGUACAAAGAUUCUUGGAUUCAAAGAUGGAGGAUCAAGUUUGUAUUGCUCUUAGAACUAUGUAUAAUCUUUCAAUUUCAAAUAUAAAUAGAGUUGAAAUCAAUUCAAAUGGUGGAAUGGAUAAGAUAUUGGAUAUCUUUACAAAGACAAGCAAUCCAAAUAUUGUAUUAAAUUCACUUUGUACAUUGUAUAAUUUAAUGUUUUUAUCUGAUAAUUUCAAUUUGUUUAUCAAGAGAGAUUGUUUUAAGAUUCUGUCUCAAUGUAUCAACUAUCCAAAUGAAGGUAUUCAACUGUGGGCUAUAAUGAUCAUCAAUCGUCACUUGAACACCGAGAAGUACUCUGAGAUCCUUGCUAACCAAGGUGUCAUCAGUGGACUCUUAACUAUUUUAAGUACUGCCUCGAGUGAGAACCUCAUUCUCUAUGUACUAAAAACUUUGAAUGAUAUGUCACCAUACGAUCAUGCAAGAAAAUUAAUAGAGAAUCAAAUUCCAGUUGAAAUUUUGAAAGCAAUUCAAACUGUUCCAAACACAACCAUCAGAGAAUUAGCUGAAUCACUUUUAAGAUGUUUUGGACAAUAA